AAUUCAACUACUAAGAAUUUUCCUUGAUAUUGAGCCGAUUUUUUACUUCGUUUUCUUUCCUUGGAAAUUUUAGUAACGUCCUCAAUGGGGCUUGACUUAGACUAAUUAGGUCUUCUUUUGGGGUAAAGAACACUUCUAAAGGGAUAAUAAUUUCAGGGAUUAAUCAGGUCAUUCACUUCUGGUUCCCUUGCAAUAAGUUGCAGCUUGUUGAUUGAUAAGCAUCCAAAUUAAAAUGGCCCAUUACAGAGUCUUUAUUUCGGUUUCUUUCUACGCUUGUAUAUGGGCAUUUCUGCGUACUUCUACAGCUAGUUCACAUUCCACUGAUAUUUAUUGCUUAAAAUCGAUUGAAGAUUCUGUGGAAGACCCUGACAAUUUGUUAAGAUCUUCCUGGAACUUCAAUAACGAUUCAGAUGGCUUCAUAUGCUCCUUUACAGGAGUUCAGUGCUGGCAUCCUAACGAGAAUAAAGUCUUCAGCCUCUCACUACCUAAAAUGAAGCUGAAGGGCCGGUUUCCUCGAGGGAUUGAGAACUGUACCAGUUUAACAGGCUUGGACCUUUCAGGUAAUGAGUUCCAUGGACCGAUUCCAUUAGACAUCGGGAAAAGGAUGCCAUAUGUAACAAGACUAGAUCUAUCCUUCAACAAAUUUUCUGGUAAAAUCCCAUCAAGUAUUGCAAAUUGCUCUUAUCUAAAUGAUCUCAAUCUUGAGAACAACGAAUUAACUGGCCGUAUCCCACAACAAAUUGGCCAGCUUGAUCGGAUUAAGAACUUCAGUGUUGCAAACAAUCGAUUAUCAGGGCAAGUGCCAAACUUUGCGAAGGGCAGUAUCCCAGCUGAAAGCUAUGCUAAUAACAUGGGACUCUGUGGAGGGCCUUUGGAAGAAUGCACAAAGCCAAGGAAAAUCAACUGGAAAGUGAUUGGUUAUACUCUUUCUGCGGCUUCAGUGAUGGUUGUACUAGCUUGUUACGUUCCUUGGGUGCGUGUGGGGGAGAUGAUGUGGCCCAACCGCAAAUGCAGGGGUCGUACAAGUAAUAUAGAAAAGAUAUCGUUCUCACGAGGAGUUGUAUUGAAUUUUUGAUAUAAAAAGUUGACUAAUUUAAACUA